AUGGCCGCGGCGGCGGGCAGCGGCGGGCUGGGGGCGACGGCGGGCACUGCGGGUCUGGGAGGCGCGGCGGCGGCCGCGGGCCUGGCAGUUUAUCGACGGAAGGACGGGGGCCCGACCAGCAAGUUUUGGGAGAGCCCGGAGACGGUGUCCCAGCUGGAUUCCGUGCGGGUCUGGCUGGGCAAGCACUACAAGAAGUAUGUUCAUGCGGAUGCUCCUACCAAUAAAACACUGGCUGGGCUGGUGGUACAGCUUCUCCAGUUCCAGGAAGAUGCCUUUGGGAAACAUGUCACCAACCCGGCCUUCACCAAACUCCCUGCAAAAUGUUUCAUGGAUUUCAAAGCUGGAGGCACCUUGUGUCACAUUCUUGGGGCUGCUUACAAAUAUAAAAAUGAACAGGGAUGGCGGAGGUUUGAUCUACAGAAUCCAUCCCGAAUGGAUCGUAAUGUUGAAAUGUUUAUGAACAUUGAAAAAACAUUGGUGCAGAGCAAUUGUCUGACCAGACCCAACAUCUACCUCAUUCCAGACAUUGAUCUGAAGUUGGCUAAUAAAUUGAAAGAUAUAAUCAAACGACAUCAGGGGACAUUUACUGAUGAGAAGUCAAAAGCUUCCCACCACAUUUAUCCAUAUCCUUCCUCACAAGAGGAUGAAGAGUGGUUGAGACCUGUGAUGAGAAAAGACAAGCAGGUGUUAGUGCAUUGGGGGUUUUACCCAGACAGCUAUGAUACUUGGGUCCAUAGUAAUGAUGUUGAUGUGGAAAUUGAAGAUCCACCAAUUCCAGAAAAGCCAUGGAAGGUUCAUGCAAAAUGGAUUUUGGACACUGAUGUUUUCAAUGAAUGGAUGAAUGAGGAGGAUUAUGAGGUGGAUGAGAACAGGAAGCCCGUGAGUUUUCGUCAGCGAAUUUCAACAAAGAAUGAAGAGCCAGUCAGAAGUCCAGAGAGAAGAGAUAGAAAAGCAUCAGCUAAUGCUCGAAAGAGGAAACAUUCACCUUCCCCUCCACCUCCCACACCCACAGAAUCCCGGAAGAAGAGCGGGAAGAAAGGCCAAGCUAGUCUUUAUGGGAAGCGGAGAAGUCAGAAAGAGGAAGAUGAGCAAGAAGAUCUUACCAAGGACAUGGAAGACCCAACACCUGUACCCAACAUAGAGGAGGUGGUUCUUCCAAAAAAUGUAAACCCAAAGAAAGAUAGUGAAAAUACACCUGUUAAAGGAGGAACUGUAGCAGAUCUAGAUGAGCAGGAUGAAGAAACAGUCACAACAGGAGGAAAGGAAGAUGAAGAUCCUGGCAAAGGUGAUCAGAGUCGGUCAGUUGACCCUGGUGAAGAUAAUGUGACAGAGCAGACCAAUCACAUUAUUAUUCCUAGCUAUGCAUCGUGGUUUGAUUAUAACUGUAUUCAUGUGAUUGAACGGCGUGCUCUUCCUGAGUUUUUCAAUGGAAAAAACAAAUCCAAGACUCCGGAGAUAUACUUGGCAUAUCGAAAUUUUAUGAUCGACACAUACCGCCUAAAUCCCCAGGAAUAUUUAACCAGCACUGCUUGUCGGAGGAACUUGACUGGAGAUGUAUGUGCUGUGAUGAGGGUUCAUGCCUUUUUAGAGCAGUGGGGGCUUGUUAAUUACCAAGUGGAUCCAGAAAGUCGACCCAUGGCAAUGGGACCUCCUCCGACUCCUCAUUUCAAUGUAUUAGCUGAUACCCCCUCUGGGCUUGUACCUCUACAUCUUCGAUCACCUCAGGUUCCUGCUGCUCAGCAGAUGUUAAAUUUUCCUGAGAAGAACAAGGAAAAACCAAUUGAUUUGCAGAACUUUGGUCUUCGUACUGACGUUUACUCCAAGAAAACCUUAGCAAAGAGUAAAGGUGCUAGUGCUGGAAGAGAAUGGACUGAACAGGAGACACUUCUACUGCUGGAGGCUCUGGAGAUGUAUAAGGAUGACUGGAACAAAGUGUCGGAACACGUUGGAAGUCGCACACAGGAUGAAUGCAUCCUCCACUUUUUGAGGCUUCCCAUUGAGGACCCAUACCUUGAGAAUUCUGAUGCUUCCCUGGGGCCCCUGGCCUACCAGCCUGUCCCCUUCAGUCAGUCAGGAAACCCAGUCAUGAGCACUGUUGCUUUUUUGGCAUCUGUGGUGGAUCCUCGUGUGGCAUCUGCUGCAGCCAGAGCAGCUUUGGAAGAGUUUUCUCGAGUCCGGGAGGAGGUACCACUGGAAUUGGUGGAAGCUCACGUCAAAAAAGUACAAGAAGCAGCACGAGCCUCUGGGAAGGUGGAUCCCUCCUAUGGUUUGGAGAGCAGCUGCAUUGCAGGCACAGGGCCAGAUGAGCCAGAGAAGCUUGAAGGAGCUGAAGAGGAAAAAAUGGAAACAGAUACUGAUGGUCAGCAGCCUGAAAAGGCAGAAAACAAAGGGGAGAAUGAAAUGGAUGAAGGUGAUAAAGCUCAAGAUGGAGAAAAUGAAAAAAAUAGUGAGAAAGAACAGGAUAGUGAAGUUAGUGAAGAUACCAAAUCAGAAGAAAAGGAGACUGAAGAGAACAAGGAACUCACUGAUACUUGUAAAGAAAGAGAAAGUGAUAUUGGGAAGAAGAAAGUAGAACAUGAAAUUUCUGAAGGAAAUGUAGCCACAGCCGCAGCAGCUGCUCUUGCCUCAGCUGCAACCAAAGCCAAGCACUUGGCUGCCGUGGAAGAGAGAAAGAUCAAGUCUCUGGUAGCUCUCCUGGUUGAGACACAAAUGAAGAAACUGGAGAUCAAACUUAGACAUUUUGAGGAACUGGAAACCAUCAUGGACAGAGAGAAAGAAGCUUUAGAACAACAGAGGCAGCAGUUGCUUACUGAACGCCAGAACUUCCACAUGGAACAGCUGAAAUACGCUGAGUUGCGAGCCCGACAGCAAAUGGAACAGCAGCAGCAUGGGCAGAACCCUCAACAGGCACACCAGCACUCAGGGGGACCUGGCCUGGCACCACUGGGAGCAGCAGGGCACCCUGGCAUGAUGCCUCAUCAGCAGCCCCCUCCCUACCCUCUGAUGCACCACCAGAUGCCGCCGCCUCAUCCACCUCAGCCAGGUCAGAUACCAGGUCCAGGUUCCAUGAUGUCUGGGCAGCCCAUGCCAGGCCGCAUGAUGUCCACCGUUGCAGCCAACAUCCACCCCCCUGGGAGUGGCCCUACCCCUCCUGGUAUGCCUCCAAUCCCAGGAAACAUCUUAGGACCCCGGGUACCCCUCACGGCACCUAACGGCAUGUAUCCCCCUCCGCCGCAGCAGCAGCCACCUCCUCCACCACCUACAGAUGGAGUCCCUCCGCCUCCCGCUCCAGGCCCACCAGCCUCGGCUGCGCCCUAGCCUGGAAGAUGCAGGGGACGUCCACGCCCAGCGCCACCAGCUGGAGUGGGGAUGACAGGACUUGUGUUACUCAGCUUCCUUGGGUUUCUUUCAGGAUUUUUAUUCUUGCAGCCCCAAGCACACAUCCCUUAUUUCCCCAUUUCUCUUGCCACCCCUGUCCGUGCUCUGACAUGUCUUGUGUUAGGUCCUCCUCCAACACUCAGGGGGAAGCCUGUGGUGACAGUGUGCCCUGGUCAUCCUAAAAAUACCCAGUGUCUCCCUGUCCUGGUAUGGGGUAUGCUGACAGUUUAUCUGCAGGUCCUAUCAACAGUAGUGUUUCUAUGUCUGUCAUUUUUGCUCUCCUGCAGUUUUUUUGCUUUGUCUUAUGCUUUUAUGGAUAAUGCUUUAUAAUCAUUAUCUUUUUCUUUCUUUGGGGGGGAUGGGUCAUUAUUGCUUUAAAGGAGAGCAUCCUAAGUUAAUAGGAACCAAAAAAUAAUGAUGGGCAGAGGGGAUAGCCAGAAGGGAUAAACCUUAAGGCAUUAUAAGUGACCUUAUUUCUGCUUAUCUGAGCUAAGAAUGGUGCUGAUGGUGAAGGUUCAUGAGACUUUUGCCACACAUGGACGCACCAGAAUUAAAAGAGAUGGGGAAAGGGAUCCCACUGACUUCAUCCCUAGUGAGGACUGUGAGAACCUCCAGCCUGCCUGGCAGAACAUCCCCCUUUAGUCCCUGGUAAGGGAGAGCACAAGCAUUAGAACAGAUCCACUUCUUCCCCAGGCCCACUGGUUCUGGUUUUCUAUGCAGAUGGUUUGUUAGAUUCCGGGGGCGGGGUGGGGGGCUUGUUCUUCUGAGGGCAGUGUGAGCUUUGAGGGCUGCAUUUGGGAGGCAUUCCUUAGUUUCCUAGACUAGCCAGGAAAGUUUUGGGCGUCUAGGGCAACGGCCACCCAAUGAAUGUAGCCCACUAUUCACUGCUUUGUAUGCAUUCUUUUUUUCUCCCUCUUUAAAAAAAAAAAACCUUAAAAAAAAAAAGAGUAAGUAGAUAGUGCUGAUAAACAUUUUAGCUCAUGGAACUUGAUUAGGUUGGCUGGGGGUACAAGUCCCCAAACUACCUCUUGCAGUAGCCAGGGUGAAGGAUUUAGUGAAGCGGUACUUUAGGUUUGGGGUGGGAUUGGAGAAGUGGGGCAGGAUCAACAGCCUCUCAUCCCUUCUCCCUUCCCUGUCUGAGAUCUCACAUUCCAUCUAUCACAGGGUUGUCAAGGAGAUGCUGUGGGUACCAAGGAGCUCACUUGGCAAUCAGAGCAUCAUGCUUUGAGGGUGAGGUUCUCGGGCUAGGAGAGUGGAAUACCAUUCCAGAGGAAGAGCCACAAAAAUGCCUUAAUAUGAGCCCAUUUCUACCCCUGCUGAUGAGUGACUUAAAGAGUUCUUGGUGUUCUCUUCUUGUCCUUCUUCCCUCCCCUGUCUUUCCAUGGGUGGGGAAAGGGUGUUUUGAGUAGAGCUUGAUUUCCAAAACACCUGGCUUCUUCACAGUUUCAAGUGGCAGUUUCAUUUAGAAUGCAAAGUGGAACAUCUUUUGGAUACCUUUUCUAUAUAUUCUAUAAAGCUUUACAUAUGUGAGGGUGUGGGAAGGUGUUUAUAAAACACCCUAGAACUUUCUUCCUUAAUGUCAGAAAGCAAAAAAAAAAAGGGAAAAAAUUAAACCACAGUUAAGAUUUGCCUUUCAAACCCUCAGGUGUUACCUCUAACCAGGUGGCCCUGGUCACCAUCAGAGUACUGGAACCAAGGAGACCUUGUUCCUUUUUUGAGUUUAUUCUGGACUCUUGGAGUGGAAAUGAGCUUGUUCCUACUGGAGUUUAAUUCCAUUGCUUUUGACUUCAGAAAGACCCCCGUGCCUUUUGACAAUGGCCAGGGUUUUAUUUUCACACCAGUCUUUCCCAAAGGAAAUUCAUUCCAAAUACUUACCUUUUCCACUGAGGUCUUAGAAAGAAAAUGGAAUUCUGGUUCAUACUGUGGUCUCUUGUAACCUCAGGUCUUUAAUGUGAUCACUUUCAAAUUUAAAAGAUCCAGGUGGAAGUAUUUUUACUAUGCUGGUAAUCUACAGAAUACCUGAAUUCUUACACUGUUAUGUUUCAGUAUAAGUGGUGACUUUUUAUGUCUGAUCUGGUUUCAUUCCUGUAAUACAGCCACCCGAUUUUGUGAGGGGGGAAUAAUAUGUGGUUUUUGUACAAACAUGUUUCUCAAUGUGUUAUUUUGGAAAAGUGAAGAGAGGGAGUUUUGGGAGAUUGGAAGAAGUUCAUCAAGAAGGCUUAAUCUCCCUCUUUUUCAGUGAAUAAAUGGAACAUCAUUUCUGGA